AUGGGUGCUUGGGUGAUCGCAGCAGCAACAGUCUUUUCUCUUGGCAUAUUUAUUAAUAUUGUUGUAGAGAAUUUCACAUCGCCCGUCCGAAAACCUCAGUAUAAUGAAAACGAAGAAGGAAUGGGUGACUUUGACGAUCAGAAUGACGAUAAUUCCAUACAAGAUGAAGAUGAUUAUUGGACGGAUUUGGCCGAAUACAUGAGUAUUAUUGAAGAAA